CGCUUUUGUCAGUAAAGUACUUGAUUCAAAAUGAAAAUGACUUUUUCAGAUAACUUUCACCCUUUCUCGGAGUGUUAUCUUUCCUUUUACGUUCGCGUCUCUUCGCUCUGUGUCCUAAUUAUAACAUUUUUGGGUUCAUUUCAAUGGUUUUUUCACCUAUUUUUUCACUUCUCAUUAUUUUAAAACUUUCAUUCGUUAAAGGGAUUAAAAUGACGUAUUGAUCAAAAGGUAUAGGUGAAGACUAUCGAUUGGUGAAAUUAUGAAAUUAACUUAUAAUUAACUUACACAAGAAAGCGUCGAAUUAAUAGGGUCUCAUUAUAAUAUCACAGUAAAUUAAUUAUUUGAAAAUAGUCAGUCGGUUCUAAGCCAGAGAAUUCAAAGAAAUAAGACACAGAAUUAACUUAAAAAAAUCCCUACUGAUUGACAAAUGCAAUCUUUGACCAACCGAGGGUGCUUUUCAAUAUUUGAGUAUGUGUAUCGUCCGUGGCAUAUGUAAGAAGGAAUAAUCCCAUUUUGAUAACAGAGUGACGAAAGAAAUUUUAUUUCCAAAAUGGCUUUGGUACCCGCCAGGAAAAAAUCGAAGCAAGCUAAGAUUAUAAUCUUCAAUUGCUUUUGACACCUGCAGAGGAGACAACAUGGAAAGAAUUAAGGCUUCACAAAAUUUGCGCAAGAAAAAAGCGUUUUAGGGCAAGUUGUUCUUCCCCUCGGGCUCCGGAAAACGUGUGGGAGGAUUUAAGUUGUAUUAUCUCUUACGGACUUAUCGAAUUUUUUUUGUCUAAUUUUCAUGUUUUGGUCCAUCGUGGUAAUAAAGCUGUUUCAGUUAUUGAGCAGGAUACACCUGUGGUCCUGAAAAUACCACCUGUUACGUCAUCAGGCCAGUAGAUAUCAGUAGAUAUCAGCAGGUUGAUAUCACUGCAAGCUUGUUUUUGUUCAUUUAGCGUAACUUUGCCGGCAGUCAUGGACAGAACUCUCGUCGUUGCGUUAUUUUUUUGUGUUUUGGCUGUUUGCCUUGCAACAAAUGAUCAAAACUCGGACAAAAAUUCUGGUGAGCCAGGCGCUAAACUGUCGAUGAAAAAGAGAGGUAAAGAGGACGAAGAUGAUGCGAAAGUUGAGGUAGUCCAAGAUGAGAAAGAUGAGUCAGCAAAGGAGAGGAAAGCUUCGGAUGGAUUGGCAACGGAGAAGAAGGAUAUUGCCAAUGAGAAAGUCCAUGGAGGGACAAAGAAGAAUGAAGGACACGAUGAGACGAAGGACGAUGAUGAAGACCACGAUGAUGAAGAACAUGAUGACGAAGACGACGAAGAAGAAGAUGAGGAGCAUGAAGAAGAGGAAGAGGUGGAUCCAAACGCCAAAAUCGAAAUUCAUGAUCUCUUCACUCCAGAGGACUGCAAAAACAAAUCCAAAUCUGGCGAUCUUGUGGUGAUUCACUACUCCGGCUGGCUGGAUGAUGGCAAAUUGUUUGACACAACAGUCGAGCCAAGCAAGGCGUACAUGCCAUUUGAGUUCAUGCUAGGAACAGGAACGGUAAUCAAGGGCUUUGAACAAGGAGUGUUAAACAUGUGCAAAGGACAGAAGCGUAAAAUUGUCAUUCCACCCUCGCUUGGUUAUGGAAAGAAGGGAGCAGGAGCGAUUCCAGGAAACACCACGCUCACAUACGAGCUAGAAAUGUUUGAUAUCCGACAACCUCCUCCCCAAGCAGACAUGUUCUCACACAUUGACACCAACGGUGACAAGAAGCUGUCCAAGAAAGAGGUGUCCGCGUACAUGAAGGCACAAGCUGCUGCACAUGGCAUGCCGGUACAUGACAAGAAAUGGAAGAAACACCACAAGACUGUUGUAGCCAACAUUUUCGAUCACGAGGACUCUGACGAAGACGGCUCCAUCUCUCAUGACGAGUUCAGUGGGCCUAAAAUGAUGUACCACGAUGAGUUUUAGAGGUGUUCUCUCGGGUUCGCGAUUUAGCGUGACACCCUGCGUGACAGUCCACGUGACACAAAAUCACGCAAUUGAUUUUAUUCGAAAAAGAUAGGAAAUCAUUUCAAUUCAAAUUUUACGACCUAUUGUGGUCGCCAAAAAUUUAAUCAAAAUAUCGUGUUUCAUUACUUUUUUGAAAUUUUGCUGUUAUGGCAACUAAAUAACUCAAUUUUUAGACGAGAUCUUUGGAAAAGCUCGCUAUACAUUUAUAGCUCCGUAAGAGGAAUUUUCGAAAAAUGCAUACCUAAGGAGGUAGAUCAAGAAGAAGGCUUCAAACGAAUUCAGAUAUUUUGAGGUAAGGUAUGUAAAUUAAAAGCGAAAUAUUGUUUGUACAAUAAAGCAAACGUUUUAUCCAA